CAUAUUUUACAUAUUAUUUUUAUACCAAACCAAACCAAACCACACCACACCUCUAACUCCUCCCUAAAUACACACACGAUCAGCUCUACUAAUAAUUUGCUCAACUCCACAUUUCAUCUCCAUUCCCAACUCCCCAACUCCAUUGAAUACGUCAUUUAUCUGUAAUUUGCUAGGCGCCAACAGUUUCUGAGCCACACAGCAGCUAACAUCGAGUCUUUUUCUUAUUACUAGGGUCUCCUUCUCCUUCCCAUUCGCCUCGUCCCCUCUCCAAAGUUCGAACCACCUUCGUAGCGAUUGAGAAGGACGGCCGGGUAGGACUGAGGAGAGAACAUAGUGGGGACUCAAUCUCAGUGUCAAGCCGAAGGCUGAGCAACGACACUGAAGCUACUACGCCCCAGCCAGCACCCGACAAGGUGGAUGUGUUUGCUGAGAACAUGGCGAAGAACGCCGCCACCUUCAAGACAAACCUAUCACAGGAAUCUAUUCCCGAGUCACCCAAUGUAGACACGCCCGGCAAAUUAUCUCCAAAGAAAGAUAGUCGAAGUCCAAACAUCGCCCCCAAUCCAAACCCAGACAAAAUCACAGAUGAGGAGGAACCAAAGACUAGGUUAUUACCGGGUAACCCAACAGAGAAGUCAGCGACGAGAGGAAAUAGCGCAACACCUACUGGACGUGGCAAUGGUACCAGCGCAUCAACAAACGGCAAACCAAAGGCAGAAACAAAAACUGAGGCAAAGGCCGCACUUGCAGCCAAGCCUGCUCCUAAAGCUGCACCAAUCUCGACUACAGUUAAAUCCGUCUCGAAAGCUCCUAAAUCCCCAAAUACCGCCACUGGCAAGCCAGCUAGCAGCACUACGAAGCCAUCCACUAGCACCACAAGCCUAGCUCCGCAAAAGAAAUCCACACCCGCACCCUCAAAAGAACAGGAGGCACCCAAGAAGACGGCCGCUCCCGUUGCGGCGAAGUCGACAGUAACCUCUGGCAAGAAGCCAGCUGCCAUUGACCUCCCUCCGUCAGGGACUGGCUUUGUGAAGCCCAAGCCUAAAUCGCCGACUCGGCCUGUGAAGUUGCCUUCUUCCCUUACGGCGCCCACUGCGUCUUCUGCGUCGAAGCUUGGAGUUGGUUCUGUCGCCGCAGCUCACCCUCCUAGACAAUCUUUGUCGCGAGCCUCGGGAAAUGCACAGCACCUAAACAUUAGCUCCACCGCGCAUAGAUCGCCGAGUAGAGCGAGCAUUUCAACCGUGGGAACCACAACAAAUACAAAGAGCUUGAAACGCCAGAGUUCGACUAUCAGCCGACCGCGUCCAAGUCUUGGACCACCCCCAAAGCCGACGGCCAAGGAUCAUCCAGUAGCCAAGAAGGAAAGUCAUGUUGACGAGAGUUUCCUUGCGCGUAUGAUGCGACCAACUCAGGCUAGUUCUAGCAAGACUUCAGAGAAAGCUCCCGUAACUCCGCCACGCAAGCAAAGUGCGCCAGUUACAGUUCACAAGAAGACUGCACCAAAGGAAGCUGAAGGAAGCGCAAAGAAGGCAGCAGCCAAGAUACAGUCGUCGACGAACAAAGUCAAGACUGCGGCGGAAAGCGCAAAGCCGGUUAACAAGAAGGCACCCACAGCUCAAGAAAUUGCUCCCGUUGUCGCACAGACCGGAACUGCCGAGGCCGCUAUCGAGACAGCCAAGAUCUCUGUAGAUACUGCUGCCACACCUGUGGUAGAGAAGACUGAACAAGCUGUCGCCGAACCUGUCAGUGCUGAGGAAAGUAAGGAGGAAGCCAAGGAAGCAGUAGAGAAAUCUCCAGUAUCCGAGACAACUGUCCCGGUUAUCACCGGAGAUGUGGAAAAGGUCGAGGAUAUCGAAGAUUUGGUUCAAGAGGCCAUAGAAGAGCCUGUCGACCGAACGCCUGCUGAGCCUGUUAUCGAGGUGUCUGAAGAGGCUAAGGGAGAGGAUCAGGUGGAAGCCGCGACUGAAGCUAAUCAGGAGGCGAGCCCUGUUGGUGACGAAGUUACCAACGCAGCCGAAGAGCCCGAGACUGAGGUUUCUAAAGUGGAAGAAGCGAAGACCGAAGAAGUCAAGGAAGAAGCCCCCAAAGUAGAAGAUGUUCAGGCACACGAAGCUAAGUCAGAGCUCCCUGCGGAAGAUGCUUAGAUAGCCGUCACUGUCAAAGAGUUAUAACGAGUUAUCGAACCUAUGGAAGGUGUAACAAAAACCCGGUCUAAAUUUGUUUGUAUUCGGCGAGGCGCAGAUGAUACCUUUUUUCUCUUGAAAACCAUUGGAGCAUAGGAGGGGAUUAUGUUCUAUUCUAUUCCCCUCUUGGUGAUGGCAUUGCUGUGGAGUUAGGUGAUAGUGAUACUACCAUAGCAUACCUAGGUACUUCUACCUAUUCUGUAGGUGUUUUCGUCCUUUUGUUAUACUAGGGGGAAGGCGGAAGAGGAGGAAUAGGGUAGAUUAGACCAGGGAAGAAAAAAACUUAUUCACUAUCGAAACAAUAUCGUAACAAGUAGAA